AUGAAAUUCUCGCAAUCCUCUUCACGUAUGUAUACUUCCUUAUUCCAAUAUUUGUCCAAAAAGAACAGAGUUCCUUUCUCAAGUGUUUGCACUUCAUUACCACUUCUCCAUGGGAAAAUUGAUUCAAAGAAGGUUUUUCAUUCAAAUUCGCAUGAGGAAACCUUUUGUUCGGGCCGCCUUCUCGUUGGAAAGUGUCCGCACUUUAUGGAUCAUUUUAUGUUUUCCUCCUCGUUCCCUAUAUUUAUCUAUAUUUAUUUCUUUCAUCAUUUUUUUGAAGUUUUAUUCGAUCACUUGAAAAUUUUUUUUAUGAAAAUAAGUUACAUAUUUGGCAAAAAUUUAUGAACUUUCUAGAAUUUUUUCUCUUUUCAUUUUUUUUUUCCAAAACAUCAUAUUUAGAGGUUAAAGUUGUUUCGAAUCCGAAUUUUAGCAUUUUGUUUGUUAGGAAACUUUGAAGAGUUCGUUUUUUUUUUCAAGGUUUUGACUUAAAAAAAAUUUAAAAAAUGAAACAAGUAAAAAAGACUCACCAAAAACCGUAUCGAAAAUAAAAAAGCGGCGCUUUACGACAGUAGUUCUGAUAACUUGAAAGCCGCGAAAAAAAGACAGCCGCCCUAAAAAAACACGAAAAAGAUUUGAUUUUAAUUUUUCCAAAAAAAAUUUUUCACGAAAUUCGACAAUUAUAAAUUAAAAAAAAUCUCAGAAAUAGGAAGAACUUUAUCACAAAAACUUUAAGUUCGAUUAUUCAAACCUUUUUGAUAUAUGAAAAAAAUGAUAAAAAAAGGCGAUUAAAAUCGAAAUUAACUAUAAUAAAAUGAAGAGAAAAUAUUUUUUUGGAAUUAAGUGCUGGAAUGUGUUCGUGCAUGUUUGUCUACAGUAAAGUCUACAGUAAUCCUAUAAUAUUUCUUUAAAGAUUUUUUUGUUUUUUUCUCAUUUUCAAACUUAUGGAGAUAAUCUGCCCAAAACAAUUUGAAAAAAAAAACGAGAAUAGAAGUGAAGAAGUUCCCAAAAGAAGGGUCUUUCUCCGUUUAAGUUUCAACCUGUACGGCUUUUGCGACUUUGAAACGUUAGAAAUGUUCGAAUGCAAAAUUAUAACGAUUGAAAGUUUCAAAUUUCAAUUAAAGGCGGAUGCGCGAUGCAAACGGUCCGGUUCAACAGGCAGGCGGUACUGGCGCUGGUCGGCUGCUUCGUCCUGACCCUCUGCCUCAUCGGGUACAUCUCCAGCGGCGAUGAGAGAUCUACCGUGGUCUCAGGUAACUUCUGAGACAGACUUUUUUAAAUGUGUCUCCAAUUCAGACCGUGGCUACGCUGUUCGACCGGCGGCUUAUCAAAUCACUCAAAAGGCUGUUGAAGACGUCGCCGGCGUCGAUGCCGUCAAAGAACCGAUAAUCCCAGUCGUUCGUCGGCCGGAGAUCAAGCCUGAAGUCAAAGAAGACGUGCCGGAGCCGCCGAAAGAGGUCGGCGUCAAGCUCGACGCCGGAGAAGUCAAAGAUGACGUCAGUGCUGACGACAACUCUGACGUCAACUUGGAUGACCUCAUCGGCAAACGCCAUUACGUCGAUGGAGCUGACGAAAACGGUAAAAAACCACAGCAAACUUGUACAAAACAUAAAAAACGAUGAUAGAAAAUACUUUCCAAUUUUUCAGACAAGCGCCGGCAAAAAGUGAAGGAGAUGAUGUUGCACGCUUGGAACGGCUACAAGAACUAUUCCUGGGGAGCAAACGAGGUAUGUUUGGCCUCCGCCCCUUUUUCGGCGCCUCAGCAGGAAAAACCACGCAUAGCUCGCAAUAUUCUGCCUGAGAUCGACCUGCGAUUUUGUGAUUAUUUGAAACCCUAUUAUUUCGAAGAAGAAAAAAAGUUUUUAGUUGCGCCCAAUCGCAAAAACGGCAAACUCGCAGAAUAUUUUCGGCGGAAAUCAGAUGCCAGCGACGAUUAUUGACGCAGCCGACACACUUUUCAUUAUGGACUUGAUGGAUGAAUAUAGAGAGGUUUAUUUUUCAUCAUUUUAUCAUUCAAAACUGAAAAAACCCAAAGAACUUUUUUUUAAUGUUUGCUGAAGGUAUAAUCAUUCUCCAAAGCGUAGAACUUUCUUGGAAUUCAAUUUUUCAGGCUCACGACUACAUCAAAGCCAACUUCACGAUGACAAAAGCCACCGGAACUCUAUCGGUUUUCGAAACGACGAUCCGUUUCUUGGGCGGCUUACUGUCACUCUACGGCCUCACGAGAGAACAGAUUUAUUUGUUAGUUUCUAAUUUCGUGUUUCUCCCGACCGCGCUUGGAAUAGCUUCUCAAUAAUUCUUUCAGAGAGAAAGCCAAAGAAGUCGGUGAAGCGCUACUGCCCGCGUUCAAAACGCCAUCUGGAGUCCCAAAAAGUAAUCUCGAUGUUCAGAGGAAGUACGCCAGCAAUUACGGAUGGGCCAACGGAGGGUUGGUUUUAUUUUUUCGAAAGAAAAAUUAUUUUCCGCACAAAACAUUGAAAAAGUUGAAAUAGUGUGUCCAUGAAUGGUCACUCCAUCCCGACUUGAAAGGCGAGGCAGAGAAGUGGGCAGGACGCGUAGCGUGUGCGUACGCGGUUGUUUUAUGUUAUAGUCCGUCCGCCGCGACUUGACAGUUUUCGCGUGUCUGCGUCUCUGUUCCCUCACCGACGAGGUCAGAGAAACAUGGAAACAGCACGUAAACAUGAGAGAUACGUCGAGAGAUAUGGAGGGCGCAGAGAAGUCCCGCCCUCUCAAGCCGUGAAAAACGAACUAUAUCAGAAGAACAAAAUAUAUAUACCCCCGAAAAAGCUAUAUCGGAGACACUAGAAUUUUCGACUUUUGAGGGUCCAUAACUUUUUUCUCUGAUCUCCUCGACAGUUUUUGAGAUCAGAUUUGGAAUCAACGUAGAAAAUUGCAUCUAGUGAUUCUGUUCUCAUUCAGGGGUUCCGGUGCGAUCGGAGACCCUUCCCUGGCUAGUGUAGGACCUUCCAACUAGUGGUCUCAAAAAUGAUCAUAACGUUGGUUUUUCGGACUUUCGAGUUUGAGUUAUAUUUUUGUCACUUACAUAUAAUAUAAGAAACUGGAUCGAUAUGUUUUCAAAAAAACACCGAAAAAUGAGAGUUUUGAAAUGUUUCCAAGAAAGAGUGAUUUCGAAAAAAAUUGGGAGAAAGGUUGAAAACUUGAUAAAAUUUCCUGAAGAGGGGCCGGCGGGCCUGAAAUUCGGUCUGCCCAUGUAAGCACGCCACCUCUUCAAGAAUACCAUGCGCCACUUGCAGAUCGUCGAUUUUGGCUGAAUUCGGCUCGCUUCACCUGGAAUUUACCUACCUGAGCCGGAUGACAAAGGUUCCGUUGUUCGAGAAAAAGGUGAAGAAGAUUCGCGACGUUUUGGAUAAAGCGGAAAAGCCCGAUGGCCUUUAUCCCAACUAUAUGAGCCCGGAUAGCGGCAAAUUCGUUCAAACUUAUCACAUGUGAGUUAAUUUUUAUUCUUUUUCAAUGUUCUGAGUCGUUUUUUUAUUUAGAGAUUCGAUUGCGAAAAAAAUCUCUAAAAACUAGAAAAAGUAAAACAUAAGGCGUGUCAAUAUUUUGACGCGUGAAAGAUCAGUUUUUGAAAAUUUGAAGUGAAUAUUGUGCUGAUAUAUAUCUUGUAAUUUUUUCUGAACUUCUCAUGUUUUUUCUAGGUCCGUCGGCGCUCUGGGUGAUUCUUUCUACGAGUAUUUGAUCAAGUCCUGGCUAAUGUCCAAUAAAACCGAUAUUCAAGCCAAGAAGAUGUACUGGGACGUCAGCGAGGCCAUUGUGAACAAGUUUGGUUCUAAAUUUUUCCAAUAAAUUAAUGGAAAAUUUGAAGAAUGCUUGGCAAGUCGGAAAAAUCGGGUCUGACCUAUACGGCAGAACUGCGCGGCACAAAUAAAGAGCACAAAAUGGGCCAUUUGGCCUGUUUUGUCGUCGGAAUGUUCGGUUUGCAGGCCGUCAAUGAGAUCGAUGCUGAGAAAAAGGUUGGAAUUUCAUUUAAAAAAUAAUGGGAUCGGUUUGAAAAAGUUUAAAUAAGCAAAAACUGAGAAAGGAACUUUUUUUUAUCAUGCUAUUUUUUGGGCCUUGAUUUUGGAUCAAGGUUGUGCUGUAGAUGGCGAUAGUUUGGAGAAAGUUCGGAAAGCUUCCUUAAAAUUAAUUUUUUUUUCAGCAAUGAGGGAAACAAUAACAUAUUGUCGAUAGGACUUGAUAACGGCAAAUUUAACGAAAUUCGAAAAAUCUUCUUAAAACUUAUUUCGUCAGGCGAAGACAAUGAAUCUGGCGGAGGAGCUCGGGAAAACGUGCCACGAGAGUUACAUACGAUCAGAAACUCACAUCGGCCCCGAAAUGUUCUACUUCAACGCGAACGACGAAGCGACCAGUAGAAGGGCCGAAAAUGGCUACAUUUUGAGGCCGGAAGUCAUCGAAGGCUUCUUCUACCUUUGGCGGCUCACUGGGAAGACCGUUCGUUCUUUUCCUUUUUGGAGUUUCGAUAAACAUUUUAUUUCACUUUCAAACUUCUAAUUUUAAGAACAGCCCUAAAAAUUUGUCAAAAAAUCCUUAUGUUCAAAAGGCACGAGUCUUGUUUCUCUUCAACACCUUCCUUAAAUUUGUCCAGGCUUCUUUAAAAUUCUCACAACUUAUGUCAGUUCUUCCACUUUUAGAUGUAUCGCGACUGGGUUUGGGACGCCGUCCAAGCCAUCGACAAGUACUGCCGAGUUGAUGCGGGAUUUGCCGGUCUCCAGAAUGUUUAUGACCCAAAUAGGGUUGGUUAUUUCCGAAUUUAAGCCUUGAAAAUAGUAUAGACAUGAGUUUUAAGGUGAAAAAAUGUCAACUGUUAGAACUUUUCACUGCGAUCCUAACAAAGUACAGAAAUUCGUAUUUUUUGAGAAAAACGGCUUCAAACAACAGCUUACAAUCUUUAUUUUCAACUUCGUCGAGCCUUCAAACAUUCUGACCUGUCUGUGCUCUCUUUCCCUCAUCUUGGAAACAUAAAAACUUUCUGUUCUCUCACCGGCGAGGUCAGAGAAACAUGAAAAGAGCACGUCAAUAUGAGAGAGUCGCCGAACAGAACAGAGAAGUCGCAAAAAAUGGACUAGAAACAAAAUUUUUAAUUUUUGCGUGAACUGAUUCAAAAAUAAUUUUCAAUUCAAUUCAAUUUAUUCAGUCUUCAGAGUAAGAUGAAGAAAAUCUCUGCUGAAUCAUGGUAUAAUUGAAGAGUUAGUCGGGUUACGGUCCACAAUCGUUGUCCAAUACGUCCCGGAGUGACAGCUAGCGUUGGGAAAUAAUGUUGGCCCGUUGGUAGUACCAGCGAAUAAAUUGCUUCACCAUUCACCAAAAAUACUUUACUCAUUUGAAAAAAAAUAAUUUUUUUCAGGGCCACGACGACGUCCAGCAGUCCUUCUUCCUGGCCGAGACAUUAAAAUACGCUUAUUUGACAUUUGCCGACAUUUCUCUGAUUUCUUUGGACCAAUGGGUUUUCAAUACGGAGGCACAUCCAUUCCCAGUUCUUUCUCGUUAA